GUCUUAGUAGACUUCUAAAUAGUAGAUAAAAAUGGUAAUUCUCUUUUAAUAGAGAAGAUACUAGUUACACUAUAUCUUUUUAAGUUAUUUUUGCAUUAGAUUGAAUUUGAAAUAUAAAUUUAAAUUUAAAUUUGAAAUUUGGGUCUUUUUUUGGAAAAUUGCCCUAUAUUAUUUGGCAACGGAUAUUUCUUACAAGCCAGCCCAAUCACAUUUUGUGGAGAGAUCAGCUACCACUGUUUAAGUAACCAUUUCUCUUUACUUCUUUGUUUCAAAACUUUUAUAGACUUUGAUACUAAGUUUUCUGACCUUUGUGUCUUUUUCUGGGACUUUUGAUAUGUACUAUAUCUGAGCCAAUAAUUCAGUCUUUUCAGUGAAAACAAACUUUAUGAGCGAGUUUAAACAUUCUAUUAACAUACCAAAACUAUUGUUUUCAUGCGUUGCAGAAAAAAAAAACAGAAACGAUGUUUCAUUCAUGAAUCAUGAUGGGCUUCGAAGGAGAGAUCAAACCCCAAUAAAGAAUGGGCUUAUGUAUAAACACACCUAUAGCUGGCCUAAUCUUUCUCUUCCACCACAUUUAUUUAACAAAAGUAUAAAUAACAGUUAACAAAUACCAAUUGAUUAUUAUCAAUUAAACUUUUGGCCAAAAGAAAAAAAAACAUAUUGGGUUGUGAUGCUAUCGAUUGGUUAUUGACUACAAAUAAAGAGUCAAAUAUAGAUGAUAAUGAAUUUAACAAAAGUCAACCUUAGAAAUUUUGGCCACUCAAUCUCUUUCUAAAUUAAUAUUUACUAAAAUAUGAAAAAGAAAAUAUAAAGGAUAUCACAAAAGACAAGAAACUUUUGGAGUGGAGUUGGAGUAGGAUUAAAAGGGAUGAAUGCCUGAGAAAAUAAAUAGCGCACCAAGGAACAAUAAUAGAUUAAUUAUGCAGGCGUGAUUAUUGAUUCAUACUUUAAGUUAUCUUAAAAACAAAACAAAAGUUAGGGCCAAUAUGGAAUUGAUACACUUUUUGCUAGGUUUCGUGUCACCAAACAAGCUAGCACCUGAUGAUUUUACGAUAUAAGUCAAUGCUAUCAAGUAACACUCCUAUUUAAAAUGAAAACAUGUUAAUAAGUAUUUGGGCUCGUGACUUUUAUAGAUAAAUAGCAGUAUGUUGGAUAACCAAACUAAUACUGGUAGGCUAUUUUAUUUGUACUGUUUUUACAAGACAUGUAUGAAUACAUGGACGUGUGGUAAAACAAGAAAGAUGGGUGCUUCCUUGUUUGGUGAAUUGAAACUAAUAUACAUUAAUAUUAAAUAUUUCCCCUUGCUUUUGGUUAUGAAAAAAAAAGAUAUUAACAUAUUAAUCAAUAAUCACGCUCAUAUAUUUAAUUAGCAUAUCCGUAUUAGUUUAAAUUAUUUUUUUUUGGAAUCAUGUGUCCACUUUUUAUAAUAAUUGGACACCAAUAAAGAAGUAUAAGAAUUAAAGUUAUUAAACCCUAUUGCACUCUACACCUCGUCCUUCGCCCUAGUUUUUUUGUUAUUUAUUAUGAGAAGCUCAAUUCUUAGAGUGGUAUUAGGACGACAUGCAUGUACAAACCAAUCAACAUAUAUGUGGUCAUAGACUCUUGAUCAUUUAUCAUUUGAGUCUUCGUAUUUUUUUAUUCGUCUAUGAAUGUCAUCUCAAGUUCCUUAAUUUUACACAUGUUCUAGUUUCAUCAUCUGAAAACUGGUUGUCAAUCAAUUCGUUUAAUUAACUUUCUGUCGGGAAAAGAAAAUUUUUCUUAAAGCUGGAGAGCAAAAGAAUAAGAGUUGUUCAAAACCAGUGUAGCAAAGAAAUCAGCUAAAUAAUUGAUUCUCUCGGAAUAAACUGAAUCGAAUUACUUGAACGAAAGAAACAUGUUUAUAGGUUGCAGCAGAAUAGUUCUUAGUUCUUGCUGUGGUGGAGGCGUCUCUUGGAGUAUGCGGGCAGGGCCGGCUCAUUGGGGAGGACAAGCGAUGUCCCCCAUAUAAUAAUAAUUAAAGAGUUUAAUUUUUUAUAAAUCUUUUAUAUAUAUAUAUAUAUAUAUAAAUUAUAAAUAUAACAAAAAAAAUUGAAAAGGGUCUAAAAUUAUUUGAUAUAUAUAGUUUUAUUUUCAUUACAAAAUAUACAAAAUAUUAUUGAUUAAAUUUUAAUAAUACUUUAAAUAUCAUUUGUAUAUAAAUUUUAGCGGGUAAAUAAUUUUCUUUUUGUCUUAUGACCUCCAACAGUGUUGAGCCGGCCGUGCAUGUGGGUUGUGGUUUAUAAAUUGGACUAAAUAUCAAGUCCAAUCUUCACAUAUAGCUUUUGAAAGUGUAUCUCUCUGAAGAAAACAUGUUCAGGAAUACUAAUUGGUCCCAAACUAUUUAUAGAUUCUACUUUCUAGCAAUAUUUGGAAAUAAAAGCUGUUAAACUGGGUAUUUUGGUUUCUUCUCUGUCGUGAUUAGUCGAACUCUUGACCAUGAAGACACUAUAUAUCCUUGGAUGGCCAUCUGAUUUACUAGUUGAGUUACCGAUGUUGGAUUCGAGGCCAAAUUUUGGAUUCCUACUAAAUAUAGUUUCUAACAGAUGAUAACAUAUUUGUUACUGAAGAAAACCCCAAUCACCUUAAAAAAUGUAACAAGCUCAUGUAGAGGUCAAAUACAUCUUCAAUUGACGUACGAUCUUACGCAGACCGCAUAUAGCAACAUCUUCGGUGGCUUAAAGACAUUUCCAUAAAUCUGUAUAUAAUAUUAAAUGUAUCUUAGUGGACAUACCCCACUCGCAUAUUAUAUUGUCACCACCAUCGAGCGUAUCAUAUUCACAAACACUUUAUAUAUAUUCUCUAAUUCGCAUAUCCUCUAGACUCUUAACCAACAACAAAAAAGUUUGAAGAAAUAAAGAAAAUGAUAAGGGAAGAAUGUACUCCAAGUUCGUCAUGGUGGGAAGAUGUUCAUCAUGAUGAUCAUGCAAGCUCCAUUUCAACUUCUUUUUACCAUAAGAAUAGUAAUGGUAACAAUAAUAAUAACUCAAACGCAAACUGUGAAGGAGACAAUCUCUCGAUCUCAACGGUCAACACUUCAAAUCGUUUUGACCUAACCGCUGAAUCAUCCAGUCGUCACUCUCUCUCGGCUCCGGAUCACCCUGCUUCCACCUCCGAUGAGUUGCUCCGAGACCACGUCGUCUCUUCUAAUAAUCAUCUAUGGAGUCUUGCUUACUUGCCUGGUAGAAGUUUAGGAGAUCAAAUGCUGGAUCAUCAUCAUCAUAAUAAUCACAUAACAUCUUCAAGAAAUAAUUCAUCAACAACAUCAGAAUUACCUUUUGAGCCAGUCUGCGACAACGCCAACGGUUGGAUCUACGACACAAACCAAGUAAGGUACAAUCAAAGUAGUGACCAAAGGCUGUCAAAGUUGACGGAUCUCGUAGGCAAACACUGGUCGCUUGCGCCACCGAGUAAUCCCGACAUGAACCAUAACCUUCAUCAUCACUUUGAUCAGACAAGCGAUGAUAUUUCUAUGUACAGACAAGAGUUGGAAGUGAAAAAUGAGGAAGAUCUUUGUUACAAUAAUGAAUUAAAUGGUGGUGCGUCGUUGUUUCGUGAUGCUAUAGAAAGUUCAAGAAGUUUCCUUGAUAUAAGGUUAAGCAGGCCAUUAACGGAUAUUAAUCCGUCGUUUAAGCCAUCCUUUAAAGCCUUAAGCUUAUCUGAGUUUGGCAAGAAAGAGCAUCAAACAGCAUCACUGCUAUUUUCGCAGGCAACUGUGAGGUUGGGAUCAACAAACGCCGGGAAGAAGAAAAGAUGUGAUGAAGUCUCCGAUGAGGCCUCUAAGAAGGCUAAGUGCGGCCGCGAUUCCACACAUUCGCCGGAUAAGGAUUUACCCAAAGCCAAGCUUCGAGACAAGAUCACGACUCUACAGCAAAUUGUGUCUCCCUUUGGAAAGACGGAUACUGCUUCGGUGCUUCAGGAGGCCAUCACAUACAUAAAUUUUUAUCAAGAGCAAGUAAAGCUGCUAAGCACUCCUUAUAUGAAGAACUCAUCAAUUAAGGAUCCAUGGGGAGGAUGGGACAGAGAAGAGCACAACAAAAGAGGACCGAAACAUCUAGACCUAAAGAGUAGAGGCCUUUGUUUGGUUCCUAUUUCUUGCACCCCAGUCGCCUACCACGAUAACAGUGCAACUGACUACUGGAGUCCCUCGUAUAGAGGUUCUUUGUAUCGCUGAUUAUGAGCACAAUCAACUGGUAUGUGAAAAGAGACCGAUUUGAUUAGCGAUAAAACCAUUUGAAACAUCUAUCGGUGAUUUUGCAGUGGAGCAAGCAGUAGAAAAAAGAACAUUAUAUGUAUAUAUACUAUACAUAUUAAUCACUGGGGUCGUAGUUAUAUGAUUUGCAGAUGUUCCGCUUAAACAUGUAUUAUAGCCUUAUAUUAUACAAUAAUAUUGGGGUUUGAUUUAGAUAUAAUACAAUGUAAUACAAGAUUAGUUUACUUAUUACAAGGCUUUAUAUACAUAGAGAGUCACCGAUAUUGUUUCAAUCUCAA